AUGAGCUCUCUUCGCGGUUCGGCGGCGUCGGACGGGAGCGCAGACGUGUCGUGCCGGACAGAAGACGCUGGCGACUCUACGACGCUGCUCUACUCGGUCAUUCGACUCAUCUUUCGCGCCACCGGCUUCGUCUUCUACGCCACGACAGAGUGCCAUGGCGUCGAGGACUUUCCGGCGGCCGGCGAGCCGACGCUGCUCUGCUUCAACCACGGCAACGGGCUGGCCGACCCGCUCUGCCUCAUCAAGGCGACGCCACGGAUGGUGCGCUUCUGCGCAAAGGACACGCUCUGGAAGGUGCCCAUCAUGGGAACCCUUAUCCGCAACUCCGGCGCCGUCCCAAUCUACCGGCAGCGCGAGCACGGCGACCAGGCAAAGGACCGGAAUCUGGAGGUGUUCCGCACGGUGAUCGAGGUGCUGCGGGCGGGAGGAUGCCUCGGCUUCGCGCCCGAGGGCGUCUCGCGCUUCCUGCCCUACAUGGAGCAGCCGUUCAAGACCGGA